AUGUCGUUCCAGCUCCCGGCAGGUAUGCGCCCCGCCCAGGCUCCGCAGCAGGGCGGAGAUGACCCCGAGGCGGCACAGCGGCAGGCCGCGCAGGCUGAGGCGAAGCGUACCAUGAUCCAGGCGAUGCUCGAGUCCGAGGCUCGGGAGCGACUCUCGCGGAUAUCCCUCACGCGCCCCCAGCUGGCGGCGCAGGUCGAGGACCUCCUCGUGCGCAUGGGCCAGCAGGGCCAGAUUCGCGGCCAGGUCUCGGACGACGCGCUCAAGGGUCUUCUCGAGCAAGUCUCGGCGCCCGCGCCCGCCCCGGCCCCCAAGCCCACCCAGAAUUCGGCGCGCACGCGUACCCUCGGCUCGGGCAUCACUAUCCAGCGCAAGCACGACGACUCGGACUCGGACGAGUAUGACCUCUGA